AUGAACACUACGGAUAAGCAGAUUUCUGCUCUUAUUGUCGGAUUUUUAAAACAAUGCCUUGAGUCCAACACAAUUCCUGAGGAUAACAAGGACUCAAUAGAAUUUGCAAUUGAAAGCAUAGGUGAGGCAUUCGGCUUAGAUUCCGCAUUUUGUGAACAGGUCAGUGACGUCUUUGAGGGACAAAACCUUCGCAGUCUUAUCUCUCUGCCUAUAAGAAAGGCAUCAAAAGCUGCAGAAGACGAGUCAGUUCCUGUUCACAUCCACGAAGAUGAGGCUAAGAAUAAGGAAAAAGCUGAGUCAUUGAAGCUUGAAGGUAAUAGGGCCAUGGCCGCUCGUAAUUUCGAACAAGCAAUUGAAAAAUAUACUGAGGCGUUAAAUUUGUUUCCUUCAAAUGCUGUGUACUUAUCUAACCGUGCUGCAGCCUACUCGUCUUUUGGAAAACACGAUUUAGCCUUGAAGGAUGCACAAAAGGCCACCGAAUUCGCGCCUAAUUAUGCUAAAGCAUGGUCUCGUAUGGGACUAGCGAAAUAUGCACUAGGAGACAUUGAAGGGUCUAUGAAAGCUUAUGAACGUGGGUUAGAAGUCGAAGGUGAUUCACCAUCGGAAGCUAUGAGAAAAGGUUUCGAAACUGCCAAAAAGAAGUACACUGAAACUUUAGUUGCAUCAUUAGGAUCUGCAAACCGUGAAUCGGAGUCCCAAACUUCUUCUAGUGGUGAGUCCCAGACAAUGCCGGAUAUAACAAGUUUGGCUAAUAUGUUCGGUGGGUCUUCUGAAGGGUCACCCUCUAGCGGCAGUGAUCUUGGAGGUAUGGCCGGAUUAAUGAACAAUCCCCAAAUCAUGCAAGCUGCACAAAGAAUGAUGCAAAACCCUGAGGCUAUAAAUGGUUUACUCAACAAUCCGCAAAUAAGGCAGAUGGCUCAAAGCUUGGGUCUUGGCGGUGAGGGAGGUUUGGAUGAGCUUAUGAAUAAUCCUAUGCUUCAAAAUUUGGCGAAUCAGUUUAGAAACUCAAACUCGGGUUAG